AAAUUUAUUAAAAUGAGUUAUAGCAAAGUAUUCGCUUAAGACAGCUAAAAUGUAUUGAAAUUUGCAUUAAGAAUUUUCAGUUAUCGAAUUAAAAGGCAACUAAAUAAUAAACAAACAAUGCAAAAUGCAAGAAAUGCAGCAGACCAUUCUUGACCAAAUCGUCGUUCUAAGCAUUUAAACAAAACAAUAACGUGGUCCAAGCAAACAACAAAUUUGUUGAAAAGUAAAUCUUAUUUUUGGCGGCUGUUAAUUAACAACAAAUGAACGGAGCUCGCAAGUUUAAAUCGCUGCGACUUGUGCGCUUUGGCGAUAUACUGUUUGACCAGCAAAAGCGAUUAAUUAUGCUAUGUCGUUCCUGUCAGCGCCAUUACAUGUGCCUGGAAUCUUUUCAGACUCAUUUGAGCAAAUGCAUUGGCAUUAAACACAUAGUAUCGUCAAUAGAUGAACUGCAGUAUGACGAGGAUAAGCGAGAGACAAGACUAAUUAAUGGAAAACAAGAGCUAUUCAUUUAUGAACCCGACGCGGUUCGUAGUGACAACAAGUGCGAUAUAGACUGGGAAGCGGAGCUUGAGGAUCCCCGCUGGUAUACAGAUGACGCCAAGACACUGCCAAGCAAAGCAAAACAAUUGCCCGCCAAUGCCAAAGAGAAUGUAGCCAGGUCCCGAACGCGAUUUCAAGCUAGGAAUGAAGCAGUCAAGGAGGAUAAACAACAGCAAAUGCAUGAGUCGCCACAGUUACCAGUCAAACGAAUGCGACACUCCACUCCAAAGCGAACCAUUCUCACAAACCAACAACAGAGCAAAUCUCGCAGCAGCCUGGAUCUGCCCACAGCAUCGGCUAAAACGAGACCGAACGAAGUGUACGUCGUGAAGAAUGUUGUUGAGGACUUAAAGCAUCUGGAUGCAAUGUCAACUGUCCGUGCAGCUGCAACAACGGCAACACCAUCAGCAUUGCCCAUGGUUAGCAUACCAUCAACAACGACAACAAAAUCAUCAACAAUACCCAUGGUCAGCAUACCAUUAACAACGACAACAAAAUCAUCAGCUUUACCCAUGGCCAGCAUACCAUCAACGAAUCUUUCCAACGGCGACACACAACAAAUACUCAAUAAACUUCGUGCCUGCGGUGUGGAAGUUAAACGCCGGAACACUCGCGAAACUGUGGAAAUUGCUGCGGAUGCAGCGGCAAUUGCCAAAAAACAACAAGCCCUCGAUAUAAUGCGAAAAUUGCAAUCCAAUGGCAUCAAAUGCACCAAAGUAAACAAGCCAGGAUAAUCAAUAAGUUUAGUGAACUGUAUUUUUAAAUAUUGUGAAAAGCAAACUCGCAUGCCCAGUUUGUAAUUCUGUGUCAAUAAACAGUUGCCAUACUUUUAAAAUA